CACGUCCAAGUCGACGCCUUCCAUUCUUUAUCAAAAUGAAGUCCUCCACUGUUGGUAUGCUCGCUCUGGCAGCGGCUGCUAAGCUCGUCAGCGCCCACACUACCGUCCACGCCGUCUGGAUCAACGAUGUCGACCAGGGUGAGGGUAACAGCGACAGCGGAUACAUCCGUUCUCCCCCCAGCAACAGCCCCAUCACCGAUGUCACCUCUAAGGACAUGACCUGCAAUGUUAACAACAAGGCUACCGCCAAGACCCUUGAGGUCAAGGCCGGCGACAAGAUCACCUUUGAGUGGCACCACGACUCCCGCAGCGCGUCUGACGACAUCAUCGCCUCUUCCCACAAUGGCCCCAUCCUUGUCUACAUGGCCCCUACCGAGAAGGGCACUGCUGGCAACGGCUGGGUCAAGAUCGCCGAGGACGGCUAUACCGACGGCACCUGGGCCGUCGAGACCCUGAUCAAGAACAGAGGCAAGCACUCCGUCACCGUCCCCGACGUUGCCGCCGGCGAGUACCUAUUCCGCCCUGAGAUCAUCGCCCUCCACGAGGGUAACCGCCAGGGCGGUGCCCAGUUCUACAUGGAGUGUGUCCAGGUCAAGGUCACCUCCUCCGGCUCCAAGACUCUCCCCGAGGGUGUCUCCAUCCCCGGUGCCUACACUGCCACCGACAAGGGUGUCCUCUUCGACAUUUACAGCUCCUUUGACAGCUACCCUAUCCCCGGCCCUGCCGUCUGGGACGGUGCUUCUGGUUCGUCUUCCUCAGGCUCCGCCUCUGCAUCUGCCUCUGCUCCCGCAGCCACCAGCGCUGCCCCCGCUCCUUCUAGCUUCACUACCAUCGCCAAACAGCAAUCCACUACUGAAAACACUGAACCCUCUUCCACUACCUCCGCCAUUGCCUCCACCACUGCAGCCGCCUCUUCUACCACCAGCACUGCUCCUGCUACCCCUUCCACUACCUCCGCCAUUGCCUCUUCUGCUGCGCCCACUAACUCUGCUCCUCAGCCUAGUUCUAACGCUGGCGGCCGUGUCAAGGCCUACUACCAGUGCGGUGGCAUGAACUACAGCGGUAGCACUGAGUGUGAGGAGGGUCUUACUUGCAAGAAGUGGAACCCCUACUACCACCAGUGUGUCUCCGCUUAA